GAUUUGCAAUAGUAAUGUGGGAAAUUGCAGCAAGAAAAAAGCCAUCGAAGUUUCCGCGAUUAAAAAUGGUGAGCGUCCAUCACCAGUCCCAAACGAUAUUAUGUUCGAAUAUCAAAGGAUAAUGGAUUCUACGAUGGAUGCGAUAACUCAGAAAUUGCAUGUGCUUCGUAAGAAAAUUAAAUCUAGAUUACGUUCUUGA